AUGCCGAGGACUAAAGUAAAGCGAAAUUUAAAACACUACCGCGAAUCUGAAAAUAGUUAUAAAAAAAUACGUGAAUUCAAAAACACAUUUGAUAUUUAUCUCGCUGCUAUGGACAAUAAUAUAAAAACUACCGUCGCUGAAUGGGACGAAGAUACCCCAUUACGUGAACCGGUUCAUGUAAUUGCAAUGCAAAGCAAUAAUUUUGUUAGUGUUAACGACGAAGGGUAUCUUACAGAGGACGCUUCUAGGCCAUGCAGUUUCGAUAGUGCAGCCUCAGCAAAAUCGAGUACUGCUUCGCAACAAGAAGAAAAGCAUAUUUUUCGUACACCAAAACCAUUAAAUUCAGUUCACGUCAGAUACCCGAUGCGAAGUCUUUCAGCUUGUGGUGAAUGCUCUAUUUCAAUUGCCAUGAAGCAUGGAGCCCGAAAUAAUAUGUUGUCUAAUCGUAUACGAAUUCAUAGUGCUGAACCAGCCUUCAUGCGUUGGCCUAAGCCAGGAGAAAUGGUUGUGUCGAAAUAUGGCAGCCCAAUAAUAGCUCAGGUAUUGCCGGAUAAAGGUGCGAAUGUCCAUAUACCCCUACAAGACGGCGUAGUGUCACUGCGUCCGAAAAAGCUUGAUGAAGUUCAAGCAGAUAUUUUGGAAGACCUGGAUCCUCAAACCUUGAGUGAAUUACGUAUAUUACAUGGCAAUCUUGAAAAAAUAGUCAAUAUGGCUGACGAAAUCAGUAAAUAG